UCAAGUGGACCAGUCUUCCAACCCAUUCUUGGAACCAAAAUACUAAACACAUGAAACUAGAAAACCAAAAAAAAGCUGUAAAAAAUCUACGAUUAUCUGCCUCAUGAGGCUGGCCGUUCUCACCCUACUGCGGACCCCACGGGUCAGGCGCACAAUUUGCCCGUGGACCGCUUUAACGCCCCACACCCGCGUGCCGGUGGGGAGCCAGCUCCACCCAGUCCUGGUUCCCCCCCAUGGUCUCUCGGCCUUUCACACACACGCCCCCUGCUCGGCCAAUAAAGGUAAAGCGAGUAAAGGCGGUAAGGCCGACAAGCCCAGUAAGGCCAUGAAGGAGUUCAUGGAGGAUGUGUUGUCAGAUGGUGAGGACGACGAGGACGAGCCCUCACAAGCCACCGUGAACGAAAUCCUGGACGCCCAAUCCUCGCCAGCCGCCCAUUUUCUGGCCCGACACCAACAAAACGCCGGCAAACAUCAUCCGGAUACGGCCAAAGGGCGCAACAAAGCCAAAAGUGGUCAUACCUUGACCAUGACUUAUCAGUCGAUGCGCCACAUAUUAGAUAUUGAUCAAUAUUGGACCGAUCUGGACCACGUGGUGGGCCAAUUGCAAAAGUACUACCUCCAAAACUUUAGUUUAAGAUCGGCCACAGCGGUGGACGAAUUACUCGUUGACUUGGAGGGAGAUCAAUUUCCUUUGAAAGAGGUGGCUUCGAUUUCGAAAAAAGAUCCAAAGCGGAUCGUGAUCGAUUGUCAAGCCUUCCCACAGGCCGCUGUGACCAUCAUCAAGGUUUUACAAACGUCGGGCCUGAACUUGAACCCCCAACAGGAGGGCUUGCGGAUCUAUGUACCUAUGCCUAAAAUAACCCGCGAACAUCGGGAACAAUUGGCGGAUGGAGCCAAGAAGAAGCAGAAAGAUUUUGUCGAGGAUCUCAGACAAGUGUAUCGUCAAUAUACCAUCACUCUGGGCGAACUUGAACUUAAACAUAAAGUCACGAAUGAUGAGCAUAAAGUCAUUGGGGAUGUGCUCCUUCAGAUCCUGCAUCAUUUCAUGGGCGAAUCAGAAAAAGUGAUGCAUGUCAAGGUCCGUGAGAUCUUGGGUAAAUGAGGAAGCGUCUUCGUUACUGAACGUAAAAGAAAAAUAAAGACUUGACUGCCAAUCCAUGAAUGAUUGGUAUCCUGGCA